GCGGACUACGCUUCCCAGAAUCCUCUGCGGCCCGGGGCGGCCUCGGGGAGCCUCGAGGUGAGCCCGGCGGCCUACUGAGGGGCUGUGUCAUAAAUUCACAAUGUUUGGGGAUUUAUUUGAUGAAGACAUCUCCGUUUUGUCAAGCAAUCAGUGUGGGAAGCCUAAAUUGAAACACAAAGAUCCUGAACUACCAAAUCCUAGAGAAAACACAAAUUUAAGUGGAAUAAAAAAUCAGGGUGGGACCUGCUACCUUAAUUCACUUCUUCAAACUCUGCACUUCACACCAGAAUUUAGAGAAGCAUUGUUUUCCAUAGGCCCCGAAGAACUUGGCUCCCUGGAGGACACACAUAAACCUGAAUCAAAGGUUAGAGUAAUCCCCUUACAGCUACAAAGAUUGUUUGCACAGCUUUUGCUUUUAGAUCAACAUGCUGCAUCCACAGCCGAUCUCACUGACAGCUUUGGGUGGAAUUGUAAUGAGGAAAUGAGACAGCAUGAUGUACAGGAGUUAAAUCGGAUUUUGUUCAGUGCUUUAGAAACUUCCUUAGUGGGAACCUCUGGCCACAAUCUUAUAAACCAACUGUACCAUGGGACAUUAGUUAAUCAGAUUGUUUGCAAAGAGUGCAAGAAUGUCAGUGAGAGGCAGGAGGAUUUUUUGGAUCUAACUGUUGCUGUGAAGGAUGUGUCUGGGUUGGAGGAAGCCUUAUGGAACAUGUAUGUGGAAGAGGAACAUUUUGAGAAAGAUAACCUGUAUCGAUGUGGAGCAUGCAAUAAACUGGUUGAAGCCAUAAAGUCUGCUAAACUACGCAAGUUGCCUCCAUUCCUCACGGUCUCCCUCUUGAGAUUUAACUUCGAUUUUGAGAAGUGUGAACGAUACAAAGAGACGAGAUGUUACACAUUCCCAAUUCAGAUAAACCUCAAGCCUUUUUGUGAGCAGACUCAGUUGGAUGAUCUGGAAUACAUGUAUGAACUCUUUUCUGUAAUAAUACACAAAGGUGGCUGCUAUGGAGGACAUUAUCAUGCUUACAUCAGAGAUAUUGAUGAACUGGGAAACUGGCAGGUGCUAGAGGAUGGCAGCUUGAAUGAUGAAGAUAAAGAUUUGAAACAAACUGAUAAUGACAAAGAAAAAGAAAACCCAUCAACAAUUCUGAAAAACAUAUUAUUAGAGGAAGAUUCUACAGAAAUGGCUGUGGAUUGCUUGGCACAAAAAGUUUGGGAAAAGAAAAGUGUGUCCUGGAAUAAGAAGUAUCGAAAACAGUAUGGGCCAAUUCGGAAGUAUUUACAGAACAAUUCCCAAGAUUUUGUUCUUAGUUCUGAUGAAAGCAAAGUCAGGUUGAACGACCAAAGCCACUACCUCCAUUUUCGAUCACCAUCCCAAAGCCAUCUGCGAAAUGAAGAUGAGAAGAUACCAUUGGGGAAAGCAUCCACAAACUUAAAGGAACAUUGCUCAGUAUCCCAUUGGUUUGAUUUGAACGACUCCAAAGUUCAGCCAAUCAGGGAAAAGGAGAUUCAGAAGCAGUUUCAGGGUAAUGAGAGUGCCUACAUGCUGUUUUAUCGGAAAUCCCAAAUGAUGAGACCAUCUGAAGCUCGAGGAAAUCCAAGGUAUAGGGUUCCAAGCCACCUCUUGAAUGAAAUGGAUGCUGCUAACAUCAAACUGCAGAAAAAGCGGGUAGAAUGUGACUUGGCAGACAAUAUCAUCGAUUUGCAUCUCCAUAUAUAUUCUCAUUACAAAUUUUGCAAUGGGGCUCUUCAUCCUUUGCAUUCCCAGAAGGAAAGUGUUCUAGAUCUAACAUUUGAUAAGAGAAAAACAUUGGGAGAACUUCAACAAUCAGUUUUUCAGUUGCUGGAAUUUUGGGAAGGAGAUCUGGUUCUCAGCCUUGCAAAGCCUCUGCCAGCUGGACUGCAUAUAUACCAAAUUCUUGAGGGUGAUGAUUCUAGUUUAAGUAUCACUGGCCUUUUCGAUGGAGCUGAUAUAUUUGUGUGGAAUGGAAAAGAGGUCGAUGGGGUGGAAAUUCAGACUGGCAUUGACCAUGAACCUGUUCUCAUAAAUGUUCUUCGUUUAGCUGGUCAUAAUGAAGGGCGAAAGGGGCAACAGUUUACGGAGUCCCAGCAUGUUUUUUCAUGUAGUUUAAGCUUGAGAAUGAUUUCUGAAGUUUUAACGUCCUCUAAAGGGAUAAUCUUAAAAAGUCAUUCAGGGCUUGAGAGAGAAGCUGACAACUGGAAAGUCAUUCCUGAGGAAGAUAUGGAAAAAACUCUCAGGACAGUUGGCCUUACUGAUGGAUGCUCAAUUCUAGUUUUAGACAGCCAUGACCAAAGCAUGGUGAAUGUGGCAGGCGGCAAUUUGACUGCUUUUACGCAUGAUAUCAGCUGGUUACAAGUAAAAAAAAUCUGUAAAUUGGAGGCUGAAGAGAUGCAAGUUAAAAUUACUGCAACCGUUGAAACAAUGAUAUCAGAUAUCCGAAUUAAGGCCAUUGAGGAAAUGCAGUUGGACAAGGAGCUAGUUAAUAAUAGCUGCCUCAGACCCAUUGGCAAAAAUGGAAAACUUCUCUGUCCAGUGCCUGAGGACUAUACGGUUAAAGAAGCAGAGCUCAAAAUGGGAAGCUUACUAGGCCUUUGCUCUGGAAAAGCUCCAACAGCCACUCAGCUUUUCCUGUAUUUUAUUGUUGGUCAUGAUCUUCAGUGUAGUCCAGAGAAAGAAAUAGUGAUGGAGGAGACUGCUACUGUAAAAGAGUGUCUAAACUUAAUGCUGAAGAAAUCUGGUUUGACAGGAGAUGACUGGCAUUUGAGAAAGAUUGACUGGUGUUAUGAAGCUGGGGAACCAUUAAACGAGGAGGUAAAAGGGAAUGCAACCCUAAAGGACCUUAGUAUCUGCAGUGGAGACAUUUUGAAUGUUGCUGAGGGGAAGCUUCCACCAAAGGGAUUCUUGAAAGUACCUGUCUGGUGGUACAAACCUUUCUCUCAGGUGAAGCACAUCAAGAAUAUUCAAGACCAAGUAAACUGCAUCAGCAAAAAAGUGGAAGCUCUGGGACCAUCUACAUCUGGAGAUUCACCGACAUUUUUACAAAGUGAAGUUGACCUGUGUUAUGUGGGUGACAUAGAAAUCUCAGGAGAAGCUUUUUUAGAAGACUUGAAGAUUCAGGUGAUGACUUUGCCAUCCAUUCAAGAGUUUAGUGUCCCACUGCCAGAAUUUAUCCGUGUUUGGACAAUGGAAAAUAAGCAGCCUUGCAAACUUUUACGAAACAACAAGGAGCAGCUCCAAAAGCUCAAACUAGGAAACAGAGUGGAAAUUUGUAUAGAGACUUUAUAUAAGGAAGAGAAUCUUGGACCAAAGGAUUUACUUCUACGAAUACUGAUGAGCAUACCAGGGGAGAGAGAUUACUAUCAUCCAGUAGAUUUAAUAUGGGAUAUUUCUAAAGAGUGUACAGCAUCUGCAUUGAGGGGGAAAAUUGCUACAUACUAUUCCUUGCCAGUGGAAAAAAUUGAAAUCGCUAAAUAUUCUCCUGGAAAAUUUGAAUGGAUGCCAAUAAGUAGUUGGACACAGCAAAUGUCAAAGAAGAAGAAAAAGAAGAAAAGUGACAGCUUACAGUCGAGCCCCUAUAGCUUGAAGGAUGGCGAUAUUAUUGGUGUGAAGAAUCUCCUGAUCGAUGAUACUAUAGACUUUAGUACAAUUAAAGAUGAUAUUGGAAAACAAAUGCAGAAGCAGCUGAUUAUUGAAAAAACAAGUAGGCAAAGAGAGAGUGUACUGAACGAUUGUUUCCAUGAAAAAAAGGUGACUAAGCAUCGUAAGCCUGAAGCAGCACUCUCCAUAAGUGUAGGAGUUUUCAGCUGACUCUUUGGGAUUUGGCAAACCUCACCAAUACUUUGAUUGAUAGCAAUGGCGUUGCUUCAGCUUGACUAGUCAAGGACUAAUCUUCCCUGGCACUGGCGUGUUUGAUACAAUGGACGGCAAAGGAGUGAUGGUGGUUGGGAUCUCCUUAUUAUAUCCUUCUGGGAGGAAGUGCUUUAGUUCCUGCAGUUUCAGUGCUUACUCUCAGGGUGGAUGCCUGCACUUUAUCAAUGAGAACACAUAUGAUCAUCACAUAACCUUUCAAAAGACUUGUUUUCUAAUAACCAUGUGCUUUAAUCCUGAUUCUGUGUUGUGUCAUCAUUGCAAAGGUGGUUUAUCUGCUCAUACGUUUAUGGAGAUGGGGAGGAAAUCUGAUGCUUGCACCUUUCCCUUCCAUGCUGAAAUACUAAAAGUAUUUUAAAGUCUAGUCUGAAGCAUUCAAAGGGAAACUUCUCUGACACUUCAAGACAGAGUGUAAUGGUGAUUAGCGGAAUUUUGUUCUUCCUUUUACUCCCGUAAUCCAUCUGUAUCUCCUGUUUUAUUUAAUAGAAAAAUGCUAAAUGUAAGAUACCAACAAUUUGACCAUUACAUUCUAAUCACCCAGAAAUUUGUUUUAAGAAAUGCCAAAGUUUAUAUAGUCCUAAAGACAACAUAAGAUACAAAAAGGGAAUCACAUACAGCUAUGAUGUUUAUCCAUGGAAAGCACAUUGAACAUAGACAGUGUGUGUUAAGCAUAACAUGAGCUUACCCUCAUUUGCAGCGUUUUUGGAAAAUUCAAACCUGCAAAAAUUUCUUGUUUUGUGCCUUGUCCCUGGAAGACGGGAGUAGAGAUGGAUGGAACACAGUCUCUGUAGAGACAUUUAGAAUCAUAGAAUCAUAGUUGGAAGAGACCUCUUGGGUCAUCCAGUCCAACCCCCUGCGAAGAAGCAGGAAUAUUGCAUUCAAAUCACCCCUGACAGAUGGCCAUCCAGCCUCUGUUUAAAAACCUCCAAAGAAGGAGCCUCCACCACACUCUGGGGCAGAGAGUUCCACUGCUGAACGGCUCUCACAGUCAGGAAGUUCUUCCUCGUGUUCAGAUGGAAUCUCCUUUCUUGUAGUUUGAAGCCAUUGUUCCGCGUCCUAGUCUCCAGGGAAGCAGAAAACAAGCUUGCUCCCUCCUCCCUGUGACUUCCUCUCACAUAUUUAUACAUGUCUAUCAUAUCUCCUCUCAGCCUUUUCUUCUUCAGGCUAAACAUGCCCAGCUCCUUAACCCGCUCCUCAUAGGGCUUGUUCUCCAGACCCUUGUUCUGGACACAUUCCAGCUUGUCAACAUCUCUCUUCAAUUGUGGUGCCUAGAAUUGGACACAGUAUUCCAGGUGUGGUCUAACCAAGGUGGAAUACAGGGAUAGCAUGACUUCCCUAGAUCUAGACACUAUGCUCCUAUUGAUGCAGGCCAAAAUCCCAUUGGCUUUUUUUGGCCGCCACGUCACAUUGUUGGCUCAUGUUUAACUUGCUGUCCACGAGGACUCCAAGAUCUUUUUCACAUGUACUGCUCUCGAGCCAGGUGUCCCCCAUUUUGUAUCUUUGCAUUUUGUUUUUCCUGCCAAAGUGGAGUAUCUUCCAUUUGUCCCUGUUGAACUUCAUUUAGGCAAAGAUACAAUGUGUUUUCUUAGUUCUUGAUUACCAUACAUUAUGGCUAGGCAAGGCUCUGUGUGUGCAGUAUAAAUAAAGUGAGAGCAUGCAUUUUUAUCUCUCUCCCCUACCAUCUUUGUCCCACGAGAUGCUCACACGUGGCAUUACCUGAGCUUAAGCAUACUGGAUUUGUAUCCUGUCCAAAUCUUGCAUCCAUAGAUAUUCGCCUGCAUUGUGUGGAUGAUGGUGGGAGGGUCACCCUCGCUUUUCCUCACAAGAAGGGGAAAGGUGGGGGAGAGAAGGGAGAAGUACUAUCUUCCUUGCAGGUUUUUGUAUAUUAGAUUUGUUCCACCAAAUUUCAGUACAAUCCUGACUAAAUAACAAUGGAUUCUAUAAGGAAUUAUUUCUUCAUGAGCAGAAAGGUCUUUUAUGGACUCCCCAAACCACCCUGAUCAGAUUUGGGGAAACUGGAGCUGCAGCAGGGAGGGGAAAUCAAUAAAAAUUGCUUUGUUCUGUGGGGCGGUUAUAUUUUGUGCAAUUACAAUCAAUAAAGUACUGUGAGGUGUUAUGUUACCAAAGUGAAUAAAGAGGAAACAGUAAACGAGAGUGAGAAUAGGCCACUGGUUUUGUCAUAUCAUUUCCUACAACCAGCUAAUACAUCACAUAUAUUUUGCUUAUGUAGAUCACAAAAACGUGUUUCAGGCAACAUAAUCAUAUUUCUACAUUAUCCUCAGUGAACAAAAUCCACCAUGAUAUAUUAUGCAUAGCAUAUUAAAUAUAGAAAUGUUUGUCUCAGAGUAUCCCACAGUAAUGGGUAACAUACUUACUGUUCUUGUUAAAGUAACUCGAAGACAAGAAAUGGUUUUUUGCUGGUAGUCUUUACUUCCAUGGCCUAUUUCCCUGAAAUAUUUAUUCUAACAGAUACUGUACACUUCCUUUUUUAUGAUCUGUAAAUGGAGGGUCUAACCCUUUGCAAGGUUAAAUUGUAGGAGGUUUAUAAGUAACACUAUAUAAUAUUUGCAAGUUAUCUCCAUAAAUUGAGGUUUUGGGCCAUUUUGCUUUUUGUGUUCUUGACCUCUGAAACAAAUUUAUUUGGAACUAAUUCUGAAAUAUGUUUUAAGGAGCCAAGUGUUGCAAAUCAUAUGUAGAAGAAACUAAUGUAGCAAUCUCGACAACCAAUUUUUGCGUAUUCAUCUCCUGCUAUGGAACCCUGAUGUCUCACAUACAGCAAAACAUACCCAAGAUGUGACAAAAAUCUGUUAUCUAGAGAACAUUAUGCUUUGGGAAGAGGGCAAAUAUUUUUAUAUUUAUAUAUAUAUACACACAAAGAAUGUGCCUUUACUACAAUGUAAUGCAGCAAUUGCUGCUUGAUUGUUUUUUCAAAAAUAUGGGAAUUUCCAUAAAUCAGUGUGUUGUUUUGUUUUUUAAAGGAAUACCUUUUGAAUGGGAUGUUCAGGGUUCCACAACUGUGGUUCUAUUAACAAUGCAACAUUGUUGGGGUUUUUUAAUUAUUAUUAUUUAAUUUGUAUUCAAGUCUGAUCUUUAUUGUAGUUGCAAAAAGAAUAAAGAAUUUAAAGGUUUCACUUGCA